AGCGCUAAACCCCACAGGUGAGCCGACCUAUAAAUAUCAGCCACCUCUCGCUCUUCGUCAGUCUCUCGUGAUCUGCCGAAGAGGAAACAACUCCCAGAGAUGCUGUCUUCAAGUGCCAGUAUAGUGGUGGUGGUGUUGGUGGCUGUGGUGGCGGCUGUGGUGGUAGCUGAUUCAGGCUACCUCCCUCCUCCUAAGCCCUGCUACCCCAAGACACAUCAAGUCACUCAUUACCAAACAAAGUACCAGCAGGUUCCCGUCUACCAUACUGUCUACAGCACCCACUACGUCCCCAGUACCUAUUACCAGACCCAGUAUAAAACCCAGUACCAGACCCACUACGAGACCCAGUAUGUUCCUCAGUAUGUCACCCAGACCGUCUACAAGACCCAAGUUAAUUACGUCACUCAGUACCAGACCCAAUACAAGACCGAAUACAAAACCCAGUACGUCACCACAACCCAGUAUGUCCCAAAGUACAUUACUGAGACCCAAUACAAGACCCAUUACGUAACCCACACCCAGUACCAGACCGUGUACAAGACCCAGUACGUGCCUAAAUACGUGACCACGACCCAGGUGCAGUACCAUACCCAGUACGAGACCCAAGUGGUCCCCGAGUAUCACACCGUCGUGCAGACCCAACACACCUACAAGACAGUGUGCCCCAAGCCAACCUACGGGUACUGAGAGCCACACCACCGCCACACCACCGCCACACCUGGAGCUCCCACUGUUUACUUAAUUAGUGUACAGGUAUAAUUAGUUCUCAGUGUCUAGAAGUUCAAUAAAGUCACACGAAUUUA